GGGCGGGGGAGGAAGCGAGAGAGAGAGAGGCUGUCAGAUAGCCAGAGAGUGGUUUACCGCAGUAUUGCCACCGUUCUGCAUCACUCAUCAAAACCCUGCGGCAUGCCGACUGCUUCAGUUGAAGAGUUUGGGUUAGCUUAGUUACAUCCGCAAGAGUUUAGUGGACGCUCUUCUGUAAUGAGAUAACAGAGAACCGCUAACCUACCAAUCAUAUCGUGCUCACUUUUUUAGCUUUCAUCUCUUUUUAACUUUGUUUUGGGGGCUAGGCCUACUUUUAUUAUUGUUUUGGGUUAAGAAAGAGUAAACCAUCAGUUUACCAUAUUGUGGCACAAGCUAAGACAUAGUUUUGCUGUAAUUUAUUUCAAGCCGUUGAGUGCACCUUGUUAGUAUCAGUAAAAAUGGCCAAGGAUGACGGCAAGGGUGGAUCAUGGAAGGAGUCAAUUUGGAACUCAAGGACCAAGGAGUUUCUGGGCCGAACGGCAAGCAGUUGGGGUCUCAUCAUCCUCUUCUAUGUGGCCUUCUACAUCUUCCUGGCAGGAGUAUUUAUCCUCACCAUGUAUGUCAUGCUGCAGUUACUGGACGACAACAAGCCAAAAUAUCAGGACAGGCUGGGUAUACCAGGCAUGAUGAUCAGGCCUAAACAUGGUCCCAAUGGGUUUCUGGAGAUUGACUACAUGAUGGAGGACACUGAGACCUGGGACAUGUAUGUGCAGGCGCUGGACCAGUUUCUGUCGCCCUACAAUGACACUGAGCAGGCCAAGAAGAACUACGAGUGCACGCCUGACAAGUACUUCUUCCAGUCGGACAGCGGCAGUGUGAGGAACUACCCCAAACGCUCCUGCCAGUUCAAUCGCUCCAUUCUGGGAGAGUGCUCCGGCUUGACUGACCGCUCCUAUGGUUUCGGUGAUGGACAACCCUGCGUCAUCAUCAAACUCAAUCGGGUGGUUGGGAUGUUGCCAGGUGGAAAGGACGGCGAGGCUCCAUUUGUCACCUGUGCGCCCAGGAGAUACAAAGUUGUUACAGAAGAAGAAGCCGAGGAAGGUGAAGAAGAUAAGAUGGGCCAGGUGAUGUUCUUCCCUCCCAAUGGCACAUACAACCUCAUGUAUUACCCCUACUAUGGCAAGAAAGCACAGGUAAACUACUCCCAGCCUCUGGUGGCCAUUAAGUUCCUCAACGUCACCACCAACACCGACAUCAACGUCGAGUGCAAGAUCACCGCUGGAGGCUUCCAAAUUAAGGGGGACGAGAAGGAUAAGUUUGCUGGCAAAGUGAUAUUCAGGCUAAGGGUGAACACCAGAAACUAAAGGCAAAGCCGGGUCAUUUACUAGCCCACACAGUCCCCUAACAUCUCACAGUAAGCAGCGCAGCACAGCACCGCACAUCACAACCCACACAGACUACAUCCAUCCAUCCCCAUGCAAAGUCCCAAACCAGUAUUGGCACCUAAUCAUGUCUUUUGAAACAAGGUUCAGGAGGAGCCUACAGGGGUGAUAGACGGCUCUCACUCGUUCUAAAUCCACUUACCUGUCCUGUGCGUGAUACUUCCUGGUGUUGCAAGCAUCCAACACUUCCUCCCAAUCUUCUUGAUGACGUCAGAUAGAAGCAUCUCAAGGACCGUGGCCAGCUACCGAGCCAAACACGCAAAAUGCCAUUCUAUUCAAGCAUUCCAAUUGGCAAACUGUACUGAAUUGGAGAUUACAUUAACACCUUUCCCAUUUUCUGAGCUUGGACGUUUCCACCAGUCUCAUCCAGCUCCUGACCAUAGCUGUGUUAUGUGGAGAGGAGAUAUAGGUGCCAGUACUGAGUUUUGUUUCUGUGUGAUGGCUUUGGGGAAACAUUUUUGCUAUUUUCAGUAUACCAAUAUGGAGUCUAUUUAUAUUGCAUGACCAAGUUGAGGAAAAUAUAGGACAAAACAGCUGUAUGAUUUUGUGAAGUGAUACAGCUUUGCGAAGAGUGUCUCAUUCCAACUCAAGCCAUUUAUGAGAUGCUUCUGUACCUCUACAAAAUACAGAAAAAGUGCAUUACUGAGCAAAAUAAAUAAUAAAUUAUUGCACAGAUAUUUCAAAACAUUCAAAAUGUAGUGACUGUUUUUGCUGCAGGGGUAAAACACACUGACAACGUAAUUUUCAGGUGCAUCGCAGGGUGACUCAUUUCAAUUCUUCUAAACGUGUGCAUUAUCCAUGAGGCUCAUUGAUUUCACCAAGAGUAACUGGACAACACAGCAACGGGGCAUCAUAUUCACACCCCCAUCAGCCCUCUGCUGCUCUCAUUCCCCCUCUCUCUCACACACACACACACACACACACACACACACACACACACACACACACACACACACACACACACACACUCUAUAAAUGCGCACACAUUCACAUACAAGCACACACAUACACACACAGACACACUCACAUACAUGCACACACUCAUCCCCUCAUUAACUCAUUAAUGCAACCCAAGAGAUAGGAUGCCAUCCAUACUAUAAUAGAGUGCUGAGUUCACGACCCUUGGAGUUGAGUGUGCUGAUGAUGGUGCUUAUCCCACCCUAACUGUAGCUGUGUGUUGUCCAUCAUGAAGAAAACAAAAUGUAUUUUAUAUAUCGGGAAGUCAUCCUGUACACUCAACCAUUCCAAACAUAAGAGAUACAGCUUCACCAUAUGGGACAUGUGGACGUUUGUUUAUAUGACAUGUAUAAAUAGUUUUUUUUGUUUGUUUGAUUUUGUUUAGUCUUUUUUCCCCUCUUUUUGCUUGUACUAAUUGCAUCUAUUCUACAAGUGAGAAGUAGAUGCUGUUUUAAUUUUGUAUUGAUUUGCACUGUGGUUGUGUGUUGUGAACAGACAUCAUUGGAAAGCUUGAGACAGUCACUGGAAAGACAAAAUGUCGAGAUUGCAUGUGUAAGUGUGUGUGUGUGUUAGAGAGAGAGAGAGAAAGAGAGAGAGAGAGUGUGAGUAUGCAUGUGCGGGUGCAAGAGUGCGUGCAAGUGUGUGUGUGUGUGUUAUUUUUCUUUUCUUUGGUUGUUACAUUUAUGUUGAAAUCUCUGUUUCUGUCAUGCAUUCAUGUACAUACCUAACUCUAAACUCAAAUUUUACGAAGGCCAUUUAGGUGACACUGAUAGAUGGAGAACUAGCUGUACUCACUCGUUCAAGCACUGGGCAACAGGCCUCAGUGGAAAAGGCCUUUUCAAACCUGUAGCCCCUUCUCCAGCACAUCAGUCAAUAAAAUCAACUAAACAUCA